AUGCCAACUUUAGCAGGCCAUAUCCUUCCAGGGUGUUUCUUUAUAUUUUUUGGGUUCUGGUGGUCAGUGAAAUACCCGCUAAAGCGUAUCAGCAGGACACACAAGAAGAACAGUCACAUACAGUGGAACUUCAAACAUGUGGAGAUCAUCGACGGAGCAGUCAAAGUUAUCUUUGGAUUAAUAGGGAUACUUGCUGAUCAGUUCGCUUCCAGUGGACCCCACCUCCAGCUCUACAGUGAACAGACACACAGUUGGGUGAAGCUGAUGCUCUGGCAACAUUCCACCAUGUAUUUCUUCUUUACGAUCUCUGGAGUAGUGGAAAUAAUCACCUAUUCCUCGACCUUAAUGCCUGUUGGGCUGGACCGCUUCAUGCUGGGUAUUGCAUUGUUUGUGGAAGGCUUCCUCUUCAAAUAUCAUGUCAGCCAACGGCCAAUGCUUGAUCAAGUCAUCCAUUCCCUGCUCCUGCUAACCAUCUUUCCUGGCGUCGCCAUCUGCUUCGUACAAGUCUUUGUCCGUGACAAUCUGAUUUUGGACUUAUUCCUUGUCUGCCUGGCCUUCUUGCAAGGAACCUGGUUUUGGCAGAUAGGUUUUGUGUUGUAUCCACCACGGGGAAGACCAGAAUGGGACCUGAAUGACCACAGCAACUUAAUGUUCAUCACCAUGUGCUUCUGCUGGCAUUUGGCCCUUGCAAUCUUCAUUACGGCAGUGAAUUAUGUCCUGGUCUAUUGCUACCUCCAGAAUUGUAAAAGGAGCUACAGACAAAUUGAGAUUGGACUUGGCACAAGGAAGCAAAAGGAUGUACAUGCUCCCCUCAUAAACGAAUCGGAUGAAGAAUAA